AUGCCCGACGACCCGGAGAACAUGCGGGGUACCCGCGACUCUGCCCGCCGCCACAAUCCCGACCACGACGAGACCCCGGCCGCGAUAACCGACGCAAACGCUCCGAGCAAACCCGCCUCAACGAGUGAGCAUGGAGCGCCCUCGCUGGCGAGUCGCAUCCAGAAUUCCGCGGCGGGUCUAGCGAGGAGCGCGAUGCAGGGCGCGGGUUCGUCCUCGGCCUCGGAUGCGGCGAGAACGUUGGCUGGUGCGACGCAGGGGAAAGUCGCGGGCCCGUCGGCACUUGCGUCGGCCGGGUCGGGGAACCUUGCCAGCAGGGAUAUUGCUGCGCGAGGGUCAGGGGUUGGAGCUGGAGGUACAUACUCGGGACCUGGGACGGGGGAGUCUUUUCGUAGCGAGAUGACGAGUUCGACAGUCGGUGGAUUUGAGAUUCCGGCUUUGUCGGAGGAGGCGUUUCAGCGAUUGGGCGUGUAUACGGAUGAGAUGAGCGUACAGCUUGGAAGUGAACAAGGGAAUGCGUACCGCGAUUCGAGUCUGUCGGAUCUACAAAGUGAAACAGGGAAUUGGAAGGGCAAGCAGCGGGCGCAUGACCCAAAGCAGCUGGAUUAUACCAGUGCCUGGGAGCGCGCAGAUAACCCCGGGUCCCAGGUACACACGUACGAACCACAACCCAGCGACGGCGCGGCUGUGAUCUCCCUGCUCACGGAUACAUCGUUCGACCCAGACUUCGGGGGCACAGAAGAUCUAGAUACCGAUCUAGCCGCGGCACCACCACCAUUGACAGCCGCCGAGAUCAAAAUGUUAGACUCGUUCCGACGACAGAUCGGCGAUUCAUCGGAUCCAAAUACCCAACAUCAAGCCCCGGGGCUAUCAAGUCUCAGCUUGGUCCCGGAUAUAGACACUUUCCUCCAGCAGAACGAUCCAUCUGCGUUUACGCAUAGCACGGAUACAAGUGCGGCGGCGAAUAUGACCCUCCGCGACUCGGUUCUCGAAUACCUCCCCGGUGCGGAAGAUUGGGUUACCGUUCAUGAGCGGUACCAUGAUGAAGUCUGGGGGUAUCUUCGACCUGCGCUGGAAGCGGCUAAGGCGGAGAUUGAAGAGAGGGGGCCGGAGACGCAGGAGGGAGAUGAGAAUGAUGGCCCGGCUGUGAGGAGGUUGAAGAUGAUAUUGAAGCAUAUGCGGGAGUGA